AUGAAUCUAAAGCAACUUGCCAGAAUCCUUUCCAAGUAUUCUUCAAAUACAACAGUUUGUGCUCAAUUUUUGAACAUUAAUGUCAAGUCAACAAGUAGUAGUAGAUUCUUCUCUCAGAAAUGUCAAGUUUCUAAAGAAUCCGAUCGUCAUAAUGACAUAAAAUGUAUGUAUUCAAUGGCGUCUAGUAUGAAAGCAGUGAAAAGCUAUCAAGAGGCUCUUGAAUUCUAUCAAAAAAUUAUUCAGGUUUCCAAAACAAGUCAUCAUCAUGAACACAUUGGAAAUUCUCAACAGGGACACAUAGUGGGGAUGUCUUGGUUAGAAUCUGGAAAUUGCUUGAAUUCUCUGAAUAGAUAUGAAGAAGCUUUGAAUUGUUUCUCAACCAUCUUAAAUUUCCAUCCAAACACUUUUUAUCAAAUAUUGGGACAUUAUGGAAGAGCUACCUGUUAUUUCAAUAUGGGAAAGUAUAGAGAAGCAUCUCAUGACUAUUCUCAAACUAUUCUGCUAUUUGCAUCUAAAAAAUCAACUCAGCAACAUGUCAUUGAUUCAAGUUUGUGUUAUUAUCAUAGAGCUCUGUGUCAUCUCAACUUGAAUGAGUAUCAACAAGCUAUUAGUGAUUUCUCUGUACUACUCCGUGACAGUUCAGAAGAGGAAAUUAUUGAACUAGAGUCUAAUUUAGCAUUGGAAAAUGAGGAUAAGAAAUUAGUAGUCUUCUUUUCAAGGGCAAAUGCUUUCAUUCAUGCCAACAAGCUGAAGCGAGCACUUGAUGACAUAAAUCGUGGUAUUGUACUUCACGAAAAACAAAUCCGACAUCAUAAUGUCCAACCACAUGAAUUGUAUAGAAUCAAAGCAGAGAUACUGUAUAGCAUGAAAGAGUUUAACAAGUCUCGUGACAAUUUAUUGAAAGCCAUUCAAUUGAAUCCAACAGACGAGAAAGCUCAAUUAUCCUUGUCUUUACUGAAUAGUAGUUUGAAAAUGGAUAACUGA